AUGCAGCGAGCUUUUAUAGUUAUCCUCACCUUCUCUCUUGGGUCAGGGGCUGCUCCCAGGUACAUCUGCACCUACUACGAUGUGGUUGAGUACCUGAACAUCUCCUCUCACAGCAAGGUGCACGCACACAUACUGCCCAAGACAGACUUGAAGGAGCCUGUGGAGGUGAAGAUGGAUUUCAUGCUGAUGGCUAUUCUCUCCGUGGAGUGGAAAAACACUUUUGCAACCUGGAACCCGCAGGAUUUCUGUAACAUUUCCAAAGUCAUUCUGCCCAUGGAAUCGUAUUGGUCUCCCCCCAUCUUCAUUUUAGAGCGAGUGAAUGGACAAAAGCCGAACUUGGAUUACAUGGGUGUAACGCACAACGGCACCUUCAACUCCACCCAGCCCUUCCAGGCGACCUUGACGUGCAGCUUGAUGAUCUUCAAGUUCCCCUUUGACACCCAGACCUGCAACUUGAGCAUAGCUUCAUUUCUCUACCCAGUUACAGACCUUGUCAUGAAGACGAAGCGGGCACCAGCUGAUAUGAUGAGAGACAGCCAGAGUUACUUCCUCACUGAUGGAGAAUGGAAGUUCACCAACCUGAGCAUCAUUGAAUACAUGGAAAACCUGGAUGAUGGACAAUUUUCCGUGGUCACCUACAUGAUUUCCAUGGAGAGACGACCCACUCUGUACAUUUUGAACCUGAUCCUGCCGACAUGUGCGCUGUACCUGCUGGACAUGGCCGUGCUGUUUGGACCCAGCUCCCUCGAGGAGAAAAUCAAUUUCCAGAUUGCCAUCAUCCUUGGAAGCUCCAUGUUAGCUGUGAUUCUCAACAACAUCCUCCCGACGUCCUCCAACAGGCCACCCGUGAUAGUGGUAUUCUUCCUGGGCACCUUCCUCCUCAUGAUCAUGGCUGUGUUCGACACCUUCUUCUUGUUGCACCAGCAGCACAAAUCCCUAUACGUAGACAAGGUUCUCAGAAGCUUCCAGCAAGAUGUGCACACCAAGCUGGCAACGAGAGCCACAAACAACCAGAGCACGAAACACCUGGCCAAGGACGGUGCCCAACAGCCGAACCUUCCCAAGAAGGCCCAGGAAAAGGGACAACCAGCCAAGCGCCACUGGCAGCCACAGGAGCAGGACCCGUUUCUGCCUGUUCUGGAGAAGGUGCUUCUCUACAGCCACUUCUUCCUGUCCCUGGUUUUCUUUGCUAUUAUUUUUACUAAAUGGAGCAGCUGA